AUGGGAAUUCCUCAUCUCCUAAAUCAUCUCUCCCCUUAUGGGGUAUUUGGGCCUCUCGACGGUGACAGAGUUGUCAUUGAUGGCCCUGCUUUGGCAUACCAUAUCUACCAUCUCUGUACGAGAAGUACUUCCGGUCUGCCAUCCUACGAUAUCCUCGGAAGAACCGCGAUAGGAUGGUUAGAAGAAGUCACCAGUCAUGAUAUAUCAAUCGCCGCCAUUUACUUUGAUGGCUUCCUCCCGACAUCAAAGGCAGAAGUCCGCCUCGAGAGAAUACUCAAGGUAUCCUCGUCCCUCAAGAUCUUCCGCUCAGGUUUCCCCAACGGUUGCCCAGCCAAGCAAAUUGCAUCAACGCGUCUCUCACUACCACCUCUCUUCCCAACCGAUGCCCCCAAAAGAGACCAGCCCCUGGUCCCACCACCAGCAUUUCUCGUCGCAGCCAUCGUCGACAAGCUGGAAUCGAUCGAAAAGUAUGCCUCUCUGGUCCGCCUGGUCCCCGGCGAAGCAGACGCCUACUGCGCAGAAGACGUGCUGCGCAACGGCGGAACCAUCCUGACCUCGGACUCCGAUCUGACCGUCCACGAUCUAAAGACAGGAUCUGUCGCCUUCUUCAGAGACCUCCACAUCGGCACCACCGACGACGACAAACCCGCUCUCCUAGGCCCAAAAUUCUCCCCGUCAGAGAUCGCCAAACGUCUACAGCUACCAGAGGACCACGGCAUGCGCAGGUUCGCCUACGAGCUCUCCAAGUCCACCCGGCCCAAAUUCGCACAAGUCCUCGAAAACUGCAAAGGCGAGGUCGCAGAUCCGGAAGAGUUCCGCGCCUUCUGCGCACCGUACGAGACACUGGAGACUACAGACUGGAGCGCUGUCCCGAUCCUGGGCAGCCUCGACAAACCCUACCUCGACGCGAGGCUAUCCGAGGUCGUCCUGCAGUGCGUGGGCUACUCCGGGGUAGCGAAGCCGCUCGCGCUCGACUCCGGCGCCGCGGGCUGCAUGAUGUGUCUCCCGCCUCUCCUAGACUGUCCAGCCCGUGCUAGCGCUUGGGAUACCAGCGCUUCCGUGAGACAGCUAGCAUACAGCCUCACGUGUCUGCUGCGACCCGGGGGCGUCUCCCACGUGAGGGAGUACCGAAGAAUGUCGUCUGGCGUGAACCAGGGCAAGUACAUGGCGAUGCUGCCCCGGCCCUGGAUCAAGGACUCGAUGGAUGCUCUCCUCAAGACCUUGACCAAGGCAAAAAGUAGCCUUACCCAAAAGGGCUCGUCCUGGCAGGCAGUCAGCUUGCAACUCCUUCUCGCUCACGCGCAGGAAGACGAUAAGCUGGAUGCGUGUCUGAACUCCAUCAAGCUAGGCCAAUCGGUGUCGGCAGACUCGAACCUCGUCCCGUGGGAUGUCGUGCACUUAUCGGCGCAGAUCCACGCGACGCUCUACUCUCUCCGCAUCUUGGCCCAGGUCCUGGAUCUCAUGUACGAGGUCGGAGCCAAGGACCCGAUCCAAGGCUCCAAGCAACUGCGCGAGUUGUUGUCCACAUUGCCACCUCUCACUGAGUAUCCAUCAGUCGAUGGGACAAUGCGCCUUCUCGCGGGUAUGAAAACCAGUGGUGCGCUUGGCAAGGUCGCCACGGCGCUGGGUAUUUCGGACGAUUUGCUUUUGCCAUCAAAAGAAGCCAAAAAUCAGAAAAAGAAGCGGAAGAAGAUGGCAGACGCAGAACCUCGCAUGAGGCCCGAGAAGAAAGUGUCUUCAAAUCCCUUCGAUAUCCUGGGUAGCGAAUAA